CACCGACCAGUCCGCCGCGCGGCGCCGCGAAGUCAACACGUUGCAGGACUCCGUUCCGAUUCACGCGCACCGGUGCACCGCUUUUAGAACUGAUCGACCUGUAAAAACACAAAUAACAUCCGUGAAUAUAAACUAACAGUGUCCAAACAGUGAACUCGAACACCUGUGUCUCAGUGUCACAUCACUUUUGAACCAAUCUUUCUAAACAUCUCCUACGGACCCCAUCGCGUACGUUGACCUCGAUACUUCUACUCUUUGAACAAUUAACAAUCCACAACGGUAAAGACGACGCGUAAAAUGGACUGCGCGAACCGAUAGUGAAGUGACAGUGUUGUGUAACGGUUAAAAUAACACGUUAAUGGUGAUUAUCGGCUGCUGGUCAGCUAUGAUGUGAGACAGUUUUUGUGGUAAAGUGGUCAAAAUGCCAUCCGACAGUGGAUCAGCGUGGUCGCCGCCGGCCUCUAACAGUGAGAGGAGGUUGAGCAACUCUUCAGAUGGCAGCGCCGGCAGCGGUUAUUCUAAAGCUACGACAGACAGCGCGGACUUUCUCGCGACCCGUCCGCACACAGCCGCGGUUAUCCCGGGCAAGCCAGCUGCAAAUCCGCUACAAUUCGUCCGUGUCGGCCCCGCAGACCUGGGCAGCCGUGCGCGGGAGCAGCUUAGACGAGCUGAGCUUGCAAAGAGGACUGAGCCCGCGCAGAGGUUCGAAAGGCAAGAGGAUUGGCAGUCGAACCUGGACAACUGGAAGUCGUCGCGUCGGAAGCGCGUGGAGCACAUCAUAGAACGUUGCGUGGAGGUGCGUCGCAUGGAGAACGAGCCCAGCCAGCCACGCGGCAAGUCCAAAACCUUCAACGAGAUGCUGGAGGAACGUGCCGGGCGCAGAAGGCGGAACCCCCUCGCUCUGUAUGCUGACGAUGACGGCCACGACCUGAGCGACCUCGGCAUCGGCACCUCCAGCACCAAGAGCAGCCUCAGCGAAGACUGCGACACACACAGUUUGGCUAGCGAUGGUAUCGACCUGGAUAAGAACCAUUCUGAUGUCGACAACCUUUCAAACAGCGGCAAGGAUCGCAAACUUGGCUCCAGUGCCAACGAAUACGACACCUGUACGACCACGACCAUCAGCUCCCCCGAACCAGAAGAAUACACAUACGAGGGAGCCAUUGAAGGAUAUAAAUCAAGAAUCAUUUCACAAACUAAUAGCAACAUCAUCAAAACGGUCGUCAAUAACAACUACAAAGAUAAAUCACCCGAAAAAUUGAAUGGAGAUCUAAACAGGAUCAGAACAUCAGUGAGCAAUAAAAUCGAAGAGAAAGUCUCAUCUUUCCAACAGGAAAGGGCCAAUGAUAAUAAAAAUAACAACCAGAAAAAAGACUUACCCAAAGUUGAUAUAAACAAACGAAGGGAGCAGUUUGAAAGGGAAAAUUCUCAAGAGUCACAAACAAAUAAGCCAAAAUUACCUGAAAUUGCAAACAAAAAGUCAAUCAAAGAAAGAUUAUCUAGUUUAGAAAAAUAUACGGAAGAGAUACAAGUUCAAAAAUCUACAACUGACCUGAAUAAAUUACCUGUUGAAGUUAGACCUCUUAAAGAACGCCUGUCUUCGCUAGAAAAAGUAAAAUCAGGAUCAACAGAAAUUGAUAAAGCUAAAAGGUUGUCAAACGGAGACCUAAAUACUACAAAAUCACUGAAAGAACGAUUAUCCUCAUUGAAGUCGCAAACAUCAGAAGAAGAUAUAAAAGUACCAAAAAUUGAAGUAAAAGAUGUGUCAAUGAGUCUUAAAGAAAGGUUGUCUUGCCUCGAUGCUGCAAAAAAUAAAGAAAUACCUAAAAUAUCAGUUGAUGUAGAAAUCGAAAAAAUGGAAUCCAAAAUCGACAAUGAUUCUAAAGAUAAAUUGUCGGAUAGUUCUCUAAAAUCUAGUUUGUCAGGUAUUGAGAGUCAAAUGCAGAGUUUCUGUCGGUCCCUUGAUAGUUUAGAUAUGAACGGACAGUCUUCUCCUAAUUCAUUUGAAAGAGUUCAAAGUUUCGAGGACUUUGAUUGUGCUGAAAUACAAAACAAUACUAUUCCAAGUGACAUCGAAACCGAAGAUAGUGGAAUACAUACAGCGAGAGACUCGUGCGCUCCAUCCGAUGAUAUUGCUGAUUUGACACAGUUGGCAUCGCCUAUCGGAGAACCGAUGAUGGAAAUCUCCGAAUAUGAAUCAUCUAAUGAAGAUGGCAUGCCAAUAUUGGAACCGACCAAAAUAGAAGAGCCAAUUGAAAAACUACGUGAACCUGUCAAAACUAUAUUUGAAGAUGUUAUAGUAGAGGAAUUUGAAGAACAAGAAGUCAGCAAAGCCGAAGAUACCGACAGUGGUAGUAAUUAUAUUCAGGCUGUAUCCCAACCAGAAGAACUUAGUGUUACGGAAGAAGUUACAGAAAUUCAAAUGGACAAAGAAGACGAAGAUACACUCAAAAGUCUGGAGAACCAAGAUAUUAGUGUAAGUUUAAAUGAGCCGUUGUCGACUUCAUCGGAGGGUGAUACGGUGGUUUUUGAAGGGAAAAUGACUAUACACUUGAACUUGAAUGAAAUAUGCAACAAAAUGAACGCUGGUGCUGGGAACUGUAAUAAAAUUAGCACUACUAACGACUCUGAUAGCAAGAGCAUGCCAAUGGUCAUUGAUGCACUAGAAUUGGCUUUCAAAGAGCUCGAUUCAGAAGAUAGUUUUGAAAACACCAGCGGCAUGGAUUCUACAGAAAACAAUGUCAAUGAAAAAGUUGACAGUAAAAAUGUUAAUGAUAAAUUUGAGAAGCUCUUAGAUUUUGAAACGGACGAGAAGAUAACUGUUGCACCGCUGUACGAGAACAUUGACAUUUUUUAUAAAAAUUCAAUUGAUGGUCCUGAAGCAUUCCCAUUAGAUUUGCCAACUAAAGCCUUGGAACCACCGAAAGAAAAACCACCACCACCGCCUAUUGAAGAAAAUACUGAAGAUGAACUACUAGGCAAUGGCAAUUUCAAACAUACGAGCUCGGCGCGUCGCAUCAAAAAGGAAAUUCGCAAUAAACGCACCAGCUUCCUUGGCAUCGAAAGUCAAGACGACAGCUACCUUGACGCAGAUCUCGCUAUGGUUCCUCGUCCAGAUAUAACUUCCUUCCUUCAAGAAGAGACUAAAAUUGAAAAGCUACUAUACAAAAGGACGCUGUCGCAUGAUAUGGAUGCUAAGUUGAGGGAAAGCAGGGAUUCUGGUGUGGAUGUGGACAGAGGACCGUCAGCUGAAGCGUGGUACAAGGGGCAGUCUUCUCCGGAAACUUCUAAUCCACAUAGCAGACAAAACAGCGAGCCGUAUACACACGUCACUGUCACAUCAGACGAAGAAGAAUUAGCGAAAAAACAAGACGAACAAAAAUUCACGGCAAACUUAAACACCAAAUUGAGCGAGCUAACAGAAUCCCAGACUGACGACAGCAAAAUAGAUAAUUUGGACAAGAAACUACAACAUCAACAGACGCGUCUCACUAACGAGGAUUGGACAGACGGGCACGUUGACGAUGCUCAUACAAAGGAAGUCCUUCGUUUUGAAAGAGAGCUACUCCAACUCGAACAGGAAGAACUGAGAAGACAGAGAGAGAAUCUCCUUAGAGACCAGAACAGGAUCAUUCAGAAGUCUGUUCAAGACAUAUCCUCUGUGCCGAGUUCACCUGAGAAGCCUCCUUUAAAUAGGCCAGCAAAAGCAAGCCAAAAUCACCGACAUUCGAUGCCAAAUCUGCUGGUCAAUGAGCCAUAUACUGCUGUGGCACCAGUUAUACCUGAAAGGCCUGUGAUAGACGAUCAGAAUCUGAAGCGAAAGCCGUUUGUUUCUGAGGAGCAUAUUCAAAGGCAUUUUGGAGUGGAAGAGAGCAGAAAGGUGUUGUAUGAGGAUCGGAAGGUGGUGGAAGCGGUGAGGAGACCAGUGCCGUCUGUAAGACCGCAGCAGCCGAUUAUGCCCCCGAAACCGAAGAGCAGAGAGUCCAUUGAAAGGGAAAUUACUAUGAGAAGCAGCCGCGUACCGUCUGCAGUGGAGUACGUCAACGUAGACCGGACAGCAGUGCAGCUGCGGCAGAAACCGGCCGUCAACGGGAACAGCCAGUACCAGUCUAUGACCAGGCAUACGCUGCAGGCGCUGAGUGCGGCCCCAACACCGAAACUGAUCUCAAACACAGACUGGAUGCAAUCUAGGAACAGAAAGCCGUCAAAUUAUAACUACAAUCAACACUGGCUUAUACAGGAGGCGGAACAGAGACGGAUAGACGAGCAGAGAAACAAGAUGCGCGCGGCACAACGACACUCCUACCACCAGGACAUGCCCGUGCAGAAUCUACACAGUAUGCUCCCUCUUAGCACCAGCCAGCAACAGCUGUCAGAACUGAAGCGGCCGCGCGCCGCGCAGCCCGCGCCGCCGCGCGACGACAAGCUCAGCGUCAGCGGGAAGAAGAAGUGUUCUCAUUGCGGGGAGGAACUGGGUCGCGGCGCGGCGAUGAUAAUCGAGUCUCUGUCGCUGUGCUACCACGUGUGGUGCUUCACGUGCGCGGUGUGCGGCGCGCGGCUCGGCGAUGGCCGCGUCGGCGCUGACGUGCGCGUGCGAGGGAGACGGCUGCAUUGCCAUCACUGCUACUCCAGUGACGACGGGAGGAAGUUCUCUUGUGUUUAAAUUCACAUGUCUUAUAGCGAGCGACGGUAGUGUUAUGAUUUAUGGAAGUUCUCACGUUUAUUUAACAUCCGGGGAAGACGCUGUGUUGUCGCGGCUACUAGAAGAAAUGGUAGAAAAUAAUCUUGCCAAGAUAAAGUUAUAUUUGAAUAUGGAAUCCAUUAGUGCCCAGCUUGAUAGCGCCACUCGUUAUUUUAAUGUGAAAUCUGUAUUAAAAAAUGGGCUUCAAAACAUUUGGAUGCAAUAUAAGAAUGAACAAUUCAAUACAAGAUGUAAUUGAAAUUGUUUUGUUACUAAUCUGAUUUUUGUUAGUCCAUAAUGUCGAUAAAAAAGUAAAUAUCACUGUUACUAAAACUGACCUAUCAAUGAUAAAUAUAUUAAAUUAACUAUUGAUAUAUAAGUAGGUAUUUAUCAGAUCUGAAAAAAAUAUGAAAAGUGGUGAUUUGAACUUUGUGAUGUAGCUUGGUUAUACUUGUAAUCUACGUAAGGAUGUGUGAAAGUUGAGAAAACUUUUACACAAAGUUGAAUGAUCUGCAAUAAACGAUGGAUAGUAUCUAUAAAUAAGAUAUCAAUAACUAUUGAAGGAGAUCUUGGAGGUGUCAUUGAGGACUUAAAAAAGAUUGCUAUAUGGCAACAAAUGUCAAAACUAACGUGACAGGCAAUUAAUUUGUUAUGUUAGUUUUACGAUAGCUAAGAAAUACGUAUAUCUAAUUUGGUAAUGCGAGCGAAUAUUGACAUAGGCGUGAUAGUGUCCUACCAUGUCGAUUGUCAACAUGCGCAAACGCACUCAAAACGUCUCGGCGACUCAGCUAGUUCCUGAGUCGGCUUUUGCACGCUUUUGUAUCUACUAUUAAAAAAAAAAACUUAAUUUUUAUUUACCCACGAAUACUGGCCAUAAUAAAAAAUAAUAAAAAUGGCAUUAAAAUCCGAUUUCUAGGGAAUCUUUCGUUUUUUUUUUUUCAGGACAUUUCUUGUCUCUGGUUCAGGUUAUUUUAUUGGUUAUGGUAGCAUUUCAGUAUUAAGUUAUGUGUUUCAGUUUCUACUUUAGUUUUGUGCCAUGUCAUAUAUUUUUUUCCAUUUAAUAAUAACACAAAGUACAUAAUAUCUUUACAGUUCGAAGAGUUAAAAUACAAGUUUGAAAAAUUUGUAAUUAUGUUUUUCCGGUCUAAGUUAAGAUUGUAUUUUCGAAUAUAAACUGUAAUAUUUUGUAAAUAGAUUUUUAAUUUAUAUCUUAGUGUGUUUUAAUGUUUAGCUUUAAUAGUUAGUAUUUUAGUUUAAAAGAAACAUUUAAUCCAAAAAUGUAUCAUUUAAUAAUGUUUUUUUUGUAUAAAUCUUAUUCAGAGUUAUAUUUUGUAUUUUACAUCACUAUAAACUGUAUGGUUACUUACUGGGUACCUUUACCUUAUUACUAAACUUCCUUUACAUAUAUGAUAUGAACCCUACCUAUUCAAAUAUAUGUACCUUACCUACAAUAUAUGAAUUAUCUUGUGAUUCUUACAGCCUUGUAGUUAUGUCUAUUUGAACAACGUGUACAUUAUAUGUCUAUAAGUAAUUCACACUGUGUAACAAUAAAGAUUUUAAAACAG